CAAGUCCCGGACCACGGGACCAUGUGCAACUUGCCUGCUGACUUCCCCAGAUACCCGAGUUUCGACCCUGGCGGCCAGACACUGCCUCCUCCCGUUCCCGGCGGACCGCUGCUACAAGUCCUCGUUCAACCGCGGUACAGCCUCUACUUGGACAGCGAACAGUACGGCGAGUUCGUCGUCAACGCCGAGCUGUCGCAGUUCCAGGGCACGCCCUGGCCGAACACCACGAGCACGUCCAAGUGGGCGAACCGGCUGAUCUUCUCCAUCAACCUCGUCGAGGACGACGAGCCGCUGGUUGAGAACACGGUGGCUGUCAACUCCACCGGCAACCUCUUCCGCUUCGAGCUGUCCCGUCUAAAGCCCAGCCUGGAUCCCAUCCAGGUCGUGCUGUAUGGCGCGCCAGAAGAGGGCACCCCAACCUGGACGGCGACGACCUCCCUGUUCUAUCUCCCCGACAAGACUGACGGCAGCAUCACACGCAUCGACAACCUCCACGGCGGCCUCUGGUUCCGCAACGCCGCAACCAACCACCAGUUCACGCCCUUCUUCCCCUUCGGCUUCUACGCCUCCUACGACGGCUUCCUCCGCACCAACGACACCGCCCCCAUCGACCACUACUCCUCCCUCGGCCUGACCGCCAUGACCCCGCUGACCACCUUCGCCGACUCCGCCGCCGUGCUGACCUACAUCUCCGCCCACACGCCGGUCCGCCUCAUGUACGACCUCCGCGAGGGCUACAAGAACCUGAGCUACGUGCGCGCCAACGUGCUCGCCGCGCGCGCCUCGCCGGCCCUCUUCGCCUACUGGACCGCCGACGAGCCGGACGGGUGGCAGGACCCGUUCGCCGCGCCGGAGCAGGCGCGCGACCUGAUCCGCGCGCUCGACCCGUACCACCCGGUCGCCGUCACUCUCAACUGCGCCGACUACUACUUCGGCCCCUACUCGGCCGCCGCCGACCUGCUCAUGGCCGACGUCUACCCCAUCGGCAUCAAUUCCACCUUCUCCAAGUGGGGCACCGUCUGCAACGCGACCUACGGCGACUGCGGCUGCGACCGCUGCGAGGGCGUGGUGGGCGACGUGGUGACGCGCCUGGAGGACUGGGCGCGCUUCGAGCGCUACCUCGGCCGCUGGCCCAAGACGAAGCUGUUCAACCCGCAGGCGUUCCACGGCGAGGACUACUGGCUGCGGGAUCCGAGCACCGAGGAAACGUGGGUGAUGAUCGCGCUGGCGGUCAACCACGGCGCGAAGGGGUCCAUCGCGUGGGUGUGGCCGCCCAGCGACGUGCUGGCGGAGGCGCAUGGGAAGAUGGCGACCGUGCUGACCGGGGAGGACGUGGUGGGGUUUAUUGUGGGCGGCGACGGGCCGAGGAGGAUUGAGGUCGAUGUGCCCGGGACGGAGGUGGUGGAUGUCGCCUGCUGGGUUGCGGGCGGGAAGAUGCUGGUUAGCGUGGUCAACGGCGGAUAUGUGCCAGUGGAAGGGGGUGUGGAGGUACCGGUGCCGAAUGCCACAGUUAUCGAAAGCACACCAUGGGGGAGCGUGCAGUGGAAGUUGGAGGGCGGUAAGUUGUCGGUUCCGCUGCUACCGGCGCUGGCCACGAGCAUGGUGAUACUGAACCUGCGUGGGUGAGACAUCGAGAUGUGGCGGAAACAAUGCAACCCAUUGCUGCAUGUAUUGUGUUAGGGGGGUAUCUCAGGUAUAACUCGACGUUGCCUCCCCAUUGCGCAUAUCCCU